AUGAUCAUAUCCUCGAUGUAUUGUAUGUAAGACAGAGGAAGUAUUUUUAGCUAUCCCAGACGUCUCUUGUAAGGUUAGGAAAUUAAUCCACUGACCAGCUUGGUUGCUCUUCGUUGUACGUUCUCCAAUAGGGUGUAAUCCUGUUUUGUCCAUGGACACCAUUCUUGAACGCAAUAUUCCAACAUUGGUCGAACAAGUGUUCCAAAUACCCGGCGGAAAAGUCCUUCGCCAGAAUUGAGGGUGGAUCUUCUAAUCAUACCUAGGAUACCUAUAACUUUCUUUGAUACCUUGGCGACGUGAGACGAUGGUUUGAGAGUUGACGUCAUCCACACUCCGAUUUUUCUUAACUCGUUGACGGACUCGACUUGGUGACCUCCUAUAACGUAGUCGGAUUCAAAUCUCAGCGGCCUCCUGUUGCUCGAUCGUAAUCGAAUAAGUUGGUAUUUGUUACGAUUGAGGCUAAGACACCACUCAUCGCACCAUUGUUACAAGCGAUUCAGAUUGUCUUGUAACUGUUCAGAGUCUUCCGGUUUCUCUAUUGAUUUCCACAAUUUGAGAUCAUUGGCAAACAUUAGGCGCUCGCAGUUCCGACAGUCCAGGCAGUCGUUCACAUAUAUUAAGAACAUAAUUGAAUCUAGAACGUCCCCCUGCGGAACGCUACUGUAGACAUAUGCCCAUCCCGGUUUAACUUUAUCUGUUCACACACGCAGAGAUCUGCCCGUAAUAAAAUUGACUCACCACUUCAGCAGAUUCCCAGUCACUCCCAUUUGACGUAGUUUACAUUUAAGUCGUCUGUGUGGAGCACUGUAAAAAGCCUUUCUGAAGUCGAUGUACACGGCGUAGACUGAUAAACCCCUCUCGAUUGAUUUCGUUUAGCUUUCUAUGGAUACUAGUAGGUUAGUGGGACGGGAUCUAUCCGUUCGAAAUCCAUGCUGAUGCAGACUGAGCAAGUGGUAUUCUUCAAAAUGUCACAACAGCUCCGUUUUUAUUAACUUUUCCAUCACUUUGCAACGGAUGCUUGCGAGACUCACUGGUCUAAAACUAUUUAAGGCUGUUCUCUCGCAACGUUUGUAUUAUGAUUAGGAUUAAUUGUUGGGAUUUAUGUUAUGCUUAGGCAUAACAUAAGGGCUACGACCAGUGUUUCGACCAUAGUUUGGGUCAUACUGUUUGGAUUCAUGGUUUGGGUUAAAAUCAGGUUUGUGGGUUGUGGUUUAGGCUUUGGUUUAUGGUUCUAGUUAGGGCUAAGGUUAAGGCUAGUGUUAGGGCUAGAGUUUGAGUUUAGAGUAAAGAGUUAGAGUUAGUGGCUAUGGUAGUGGGGAAGGGGAAAUGCCAUAAUAGGAUUCUGAACUCCCAACCAGUCCUGAUGGGUUGCUUGGGUCAGUCAGUCGAAAGCAGAAGUGUGUGUCUAAGCAACGACUCCGCAAAUCGUCCUCGUCCUCAUGCACAGACACAAUAAGGAGGACCGUGACCGCCAACGGUGUCUGCCUGUUCAGGGCUUGUCUGAAUCGGAUGCAGUCAGAUCCGCAGACCGUACUUCGGAGGGUCUUGCCUCCUUUCAUGGUGUACUAAACCAAUUACUCCAGGCCAAUGUGCAAAUAAAGGUCUUGAAAGCAUUCUGGAUUGGAAAAGGAGUGAGGACAGGACAGCAGCACUACCAUCUCGUCCUCUCAAAGUUAUGGUGGAGAACACCGAGCAAAUCAAGUUGAUCCUCUCCAAAAAGUCAACCGAAGAAAUCCACAUAAAUAGGUUAGUUUAAACUGAACUUUUUUCCAGCGAGACAAUGGAAAUCCCGGGAACGUGUCAAGAGCGGACGCACGCGACUAGACCGUAGGAAAUCGUCCUUCAGCCAACAGAUUUGCCGACCAUGGAGCUGGCUGCCAAUUGAUAUGGCGUCGGCUGACACCCUUCGUAUAUCAAGAACACUUGUUCACGUAAUCUUCGACAAAAACCGACUUUUACAACAUCACUACUUAGUGUCAGCUUUGUAAAACACUUUGUCAUACACAAUCUUACCGGUUUGACCCACAGUGAACAGACGCGUUUCCUUAUUAUAAAUGUUGCAUUGUGACCCGAACACAUUCUAAGUGUUUGGAACUUUAUUUCGGGUGUAAAUAUAUUAAACCGUUGUACGUAAAUAUGAUCAUUCUGGGCUCUAACUCUAACACUUCAUAUACGAAUAUAAAUUACGGCCUUUGCAUACGAAUGUGCGAGGUCUUCUUUGGAAAAUCUGUGAAUUCAAGGUGUUAGUUUCAGAAAGAAUCCUUAACGUUACUGCCAUAGCGUAAGCAUGACUCAAAGUCAGAUUCGCAGAUUCUCUUAAUUCGACGAAAUACGUCCGUUUUUAACAGAAACCAUCAUUAUAGACUGUUUGGUGGGAUAAUCGCAUAUACGAAAUCAGGAAUUUCGGCAGUUGUAAGAGCACACAUCCAACACAUCUACAACAGACCAUAAUAAUCUGGCAAUUUACGGAGCGCCUAGCUCAUUUAAGUACAAGCUGAUGGUCACAUCCUCGACCUUCCUGUGGCACGCAACGGAAAGACACCAGCGAAUUUGGAGGGAACCAGGGGAGUCAAUUGCCUAAAAAUAGUUUGGACGACAGACUUGACUAACAUUGACGCCUGUUGGGAACUGUGAUCAUACUGUGCUGCUAUGGGCUUACUCGCCCUAUUCUCAACGCAACCGGAGAAUAUGCCGACUUGAUGAGUUAGUGUGUGUUAACUGGAGCUGAUUUGUCUAAAGGUAUUAAAACAAAGAUUAGGGAUUGCUUAAAAUAACCACACUGGUGUCGAUUCCCAGCUGUCGUCCAGUGAAUAUAUUGAAAAAAUAGUGGUAAUGCCCCGUUUUACUGUCAGUUCCUAUUGCUUGUUCUCAGCUGACGAUCAUAAGUUGCGGUCUUGGCUUUUAUUGAUCAUAUAUAGUUCCUGAAAAAUUUGGGCAUGCUCAUCGGGAAGCUCUAGUACACGGCGUUCUGCAGCUGCAAUCCUCUUUGUUUGAAUUUUGCCUACUCGAUCAUGGACCUCUUCGAUUCGUCGGAGUGUGGAUAAAUAGCUAACGGAAAGGUCAUGUAGCCGUUUUUUAGCAUUCAAGUCCCUUUGGAAAGAAAUUUCGAGUGGUCGGCUCGUUUUGCGGAACUCUCUCGGUCGUUAAGUCGUCUCGAAUGGUAAAUGGGUUGAUACGUUAUUUCUUCGAGAUGGUGUGUGGUUUGUCGAUUAUAUAUGCACAGUUGUUGAAGAUAAUUGAAAAUAACACUUUGCCGUGUUUGACGUAGGCUGAGAACUCCAUCCAGUUAAUUCCGGACAGUUCAAACCACCUCCGUCCAACCUAUUUCACUCACUUGAUUUAGUCUUUAACAUUCUACGUUAAAACGCCUUUCAAUUAUCAUCAAGGUCCCUUUAUGAGUGAUUACGAAACUGUUACGUUAUUUUAAUAUAUGCGGUGUGCACGUACGCUUGCGGUUGUUUUACUGCGCCAAGUACCAAUUCACAGUGCCCGCGUAUUUGUCAUCGACCAAUAACCGGUGUCCCCUCCCCCAUUGUUUGUGUGAGGUUAUUUUGAGCGUCGCUGGCCGAAGUAAGCGCUGUUAGUCGUUAUAAAAUAUUUAUCCUUUGACAUGUUGCUUUUUCCAUCCUUGCUAAGUUUGGUUUUCGCCAUUGGAAUUAGUUGGUCAUCACACCUACUCCUACUCGCACAACAUCGUCCGGUAGAUCUUGAUCGCUGAUAGCAUUCUAAUCGCGCACGGCUAACCCGGUCGCCCGAUUGCGGGCUAGUGUUGCAAUCGCCUGGUUUUUUCAGUUAUCCCAGCGGACACUUUUUACAUGGGGACAGUAAGCUGACGCGCCUUUUCGGGCGAGUUGAGGGCGUUGCAGUCCGAGUGUAGCGGCCGAGGACGUCAAGGGUAGCACACACCGGAGUAAGGAAACGCCGAGAAGAGAUCCUGGCAGAGGAAGACCUGAACAGAACUGUUAACAUCUCUCGAAACUCGUUCACACGCAGAAGAAGAGAGUACGUCGAGUUUGGAUAUAGUGUAAUGGAACAUGAUAUGGAGAAUGUAUAUAACAAAUGUUAAUGUACAUGUGCAACGAGGAACAGCGAAUAAGUGACCUGUCUGGAUGGACAGACGACCCUGAGAUACUAGCUAAACAGCCGGUGGGGAUGCAGCGCUGGGGGCAACUGCAGGGAAGGUCCGAGGGGGAGCCGACGUUGAGUGAGAGAGUCGAGAGCAGCGGUUCGUUGCGGGAGAGGGGGAGGGGUGGGUCGGCGGUAGCGAGAGGAAGGGACACCGGCCGUCUUCGCCGGCACGCAGUUACGCCAUCUCCAUCUCCGCGCGCCAAAAGCGUCACGACAUUCAAACAAUUCUGUUCGUGUCAAGGGGCGUUACACGAGGCGAUUUAAGCCGCCAGACAGACGCCUAAAUUCCGGCCAAAGUGCGUGCGUGCACCCCGUAUGCGUGCGUACGCGCAAGGGGACCCCCCAGGCCUGACGUGCAAAAUGCACUCCGGUGUAGCAGAAAAGCUCCUUUCCUCGCACAGAUCGAGCACUGUUAGCCAGUCAGGUUACUAGCCCUGCACUAGCUCGCAAGUCAAACGGGCCAGCAAAUGUCUAGCCCUGGGCGACUAAAUGCUAUGGUGUGCCAUCUUUACAUUAUUGUGCAUAUGCACAAUGAUGUAAAGAUGGCAUACCAUUUCUGCUUUACCAACGAACAUCUUCAGCAAGUUCCUACUGUAAGUCACCCACUGUUUGCAAGACUGCGGGCGAACGAGACAACGUAUAGCAGUGAACAACGGCAGAAAAGGUUUCCAUUACUUCCUAGGAAGAAUAUCUCUAAGGGCUAUUACGCCUGCGUAAAGCAGGAACUGACGAAACUCCGAUCCCUUCCAUGUGUCCAAAUCAUCAAAAGACCUGACGCGCUGCGAAAAUUGAUACAGUAAGUGUGGAUUCAGGGCUCUUAAUGUAUCAUUUACUGUGCUUACUGCUGCCGUUGACAUCCUGAAGGCCUUUUCCCGUGGACUUUUCAGCCACAAGUUCGGGAACCUCAUGAUGCCUAGGUAUACUAGAUGUAGGGGAUCUAGAGUGAAGGAGCUAACCAUUCCUACAUUGCAUGCCAGCAGUGGCGGCACGCUAAUGCGAUGACAGUCAUCGGCAAUGAAUAAAAAAAUACUCAUCUGCCCUAGCACGCCGAGAUGCGCUGUCAUACACUACUUUGUCAACGUAUUCGUCCCCCUGCAUAGCAUCUUUCGCAGCCAUAACACGCAGUGACGUUUUUAAUUUGCUUUAUAAAGGCCCUGGCUGGGGCAUCAGAAAAUACAGCGCUCAAUUUGAAGUGCAGUGUUCGGUCAAUAUCAUCGACACGCAGACCCGACCUACCCAGAUAACAACUCCCCGGUCAGCGGUUCGCAAAACGACUGCACAUCCGAGGGCUUACCGAAGCCGCAACAAGUACCUACGACGAAUAUUUCAUUAAUAAAUGAUUCUUUUACUGAGCCUAAGAUAGGCCAAAAUUUACGCUUGCUUUUCUUAUGUACAGGUAGCCCCUCAAUAGCUAAAUAUGCAACUACCUCAUCGCCUGUUAUAUGCAUGGAAGAGACACGUAACUGGUCAGCUAACUGUUUUAGAAGUCCUAAAUGGACGUACUCAUCACUGCCCAUUGCCGUCACCGUCGCCCCAUUGCUUGGCCCACCCAGCAACGUUCGCGCGUCCGAGGUCAGAUCUGGGGACAGCCUUCCCAUAAUUUUGAGAAGACUGGUCAGAUGAACUAGCGGAAUGUAAGAACGUACUGCCCAUGGCUGCAGAUCCUCCUCCAUGGUGGUGCCUGACCCCUGAGAGGCCUCUAGAUGAUCGUCAUUACACUGAAUCCUUGUAGAUUCACCUAGCCUACCGUAUCAUGCCAUUUAAAGCAAACUGCCUUCUUCAUCAGUGGAGAAAGUUUCCGUGUAGCUGGAGCGACUUUAGGAUUAGAUAUCCCACGACGAUGACGCUGAGUCGGGCGGAUACAUUUACCUCGUAUUCUCUGUAAUUGCCUGAAAAUGUCCACGAAGAGCAUGCUCGGCACGUCUAUUGAGGCUUUUUUUCCAUAUUUUAUUAAAAAUUCCACGAUAUAAUAAUAAGACAGGGUUAUGGAAAAGGUGAAUCGGUGCAGCGUCAGUGGACGUUAGCGCAGUAACCGCCUGCGCGUAGCAGCGUGGGCGAACAGGAAAUGGCAUGACAGAGCGCUCGCGCGCAAGCAAGCGCGUCGUCCGAUCGAUUUGCCAAUAAUCGUGCGCCCAGUCAUCUGCGCCAUUAGCGACGCAAGGCCCAGGGCCCCGUGAACCAAUAAAUUUGCAGCAACGAGUGAAUGACGAGAUGUUAACUUAAAAUCGGCAUUAGGGAUUGGGAUAUAUCUGUCACAGACCAUAUGGGCUGAGGUCACCUUGCUCAAAAGCAGAAGCGGUCACGGCAGCGAACACACAACUGAUCCGAAAGGUACGAUUAGAUGUGGGAAAAUGGACUUAGAGACGUUCAGCCAGUGUGAUCCAGACCUUGAACGUAUGUUCAACAUGGGGUAGGUUUUGAUGCCUUUCGAGUGUUCAUUUGCGUAUUUUUGAGCUGUUGUUAGUGGCGCUGUGAUGGAUAUGAAGGUGUCUGACAAGACCAAUGCGAACUUUGGUCUCGCAUUAUCAGAUGGACACACAGGAUGGGCUAAUCUCAUCCAUUGAUUUUCAGUAUCUAGUUUUCUCAUUAUAGACCUACCCUUUGACUUCCUCUAUUACAUCGUCUCCGGAGAUUCCUGUAUCACCCCUUCAAUCAGUCCACCACUACUGCGCACCCUGGGCGAAGGGCACCAAUACAUUUUUUCAAUUCCUGUACAUCUGACUAAGUCUUCCGGGAAGUCUUUGUAACCUCGCUUUCUGUCCUCGUCGUUGGGUCUCUGUAACGACGUGGUUUCGGCAGACGCUCACCCGACGUCAUUGCAGCGUUGCCGCACAACGGAGGCCGAAUAUGCUUUCAAAUUAUAAAGAUGCUGGACAUAUCGGCUGAUUCCAGGGCACGGGUGCCAGAGAUGCGUUUCAGCUUGGUUUGAUAGAUUAUCCAGACCUUCGUGCCGCAAAGGAGCCGUCAAGAUGACACCUGUAUAUCUUCAGCUUCUUCUGGAAGAGUAUGCCACAACAAUUUCACACUAAGAUGUGAGGUCUGCCGAAGGCUUGAACGAAUUUAGAUAUCCAAGCAGUAAUCGCAUCUCAAUUUUCGGAGCUUCUCGAGGGCUGGCUCACGAUGUAUAAUAAUUAGUUCUCAGUCGUAAGGCGACCGUAAUUAGCGGCUUUCGAUGGUUUUAUGUAUUUUUCUGUAUGUGCCGGUUGACGCCUGCUGACAUUUCCCGCGCAGUUGGUUAAUUCAAAGUUGGAAUUCCCGAUGAGAAUAAAUGCAGACUUUGUUGCAUGUUCGUUCGAGUUUGGGUCAAAGAAAUCAGUUAUACUAUUUUUGGUGAUCCGUGUGAAGACGUGCACUGAGCAAGUUGCAAAUUUGUUUCUAUUAGUUUGAUAUUUGAUGCCAAUUUUCCGGACUCUUCUCAUUCUAGAUAUUUGUAACUUGCAGAGAAUAUGAGACUGCUGAGGGUUAGGGGCGAAUUCACAACCCUGCCUCACCUCAUUUUUUAACUGAAAAGGCUUCAGCGGUUGGUCCCUUGUCCGUGACGUGCCAUUUUGCCGUCAUGCAAUUGCCUACGUUGUAUCGGACCGAAUCGCCGGCCACCAGAAUUGUCUUCCCUUUUGGUCGGUUGGCCACAUGCGUAUCCAAAGGAGUCGUUAUGCGACUGCCCACAAGGGCUGUACAUUGAGUCCCAAGGCACAACGGGACGAGUAUGUCCCGCAACCCGAUCGGUAAACGUACCUCAGGCAUAAAAGAGAAUAAACAUUCCGAACUGUCAGAAUGCCCAACUUCAAUCCGGACGCCUACAAAAGGGGAUAGGUAUUGUUUGUAGUGGGUGGGUCUCAAUUGCGCGUUACGUCCAGCAGCUGCGGUCGCCUGUGUGACGACUUGAACCAGCGUUUCUAGGACGGUACUAUCUUCCUUAGCGUAUCCCCUAAUAUGACCACUUAGGCACCCCAAGCGAGCGUUGUAUCCCAGUACGGCUUACGUCUAUGUAUGGUGAGAAAACGACUCGACCAGCCUGGACCACCUGUGGAAUUGGGCAUGCCUCUCCAACGGAUUUUGGUAGUUGAGAGGAAAUAGUUGAUGUUGGAGGUGAUUUGGUAGUAAAGACGAUCUCUACCCGAAUCGGUUUGUAGUAAGGAGAAUUUGAUACACAUAUUCCUAACUAUUAACAGCUAUUUAUGACUCAGUGGAAAAACCCCGUUAAAUGGGCUGGUUAGGGGACCAAAGGCAGUGGCAGGCCGCAAAAUGGCUGAUUUUUCCUUCCUGACCCAACCGGACUAUACAGCGGGUGAGGCGGCAUACUCUCCACUGCUACCUGGCCUAGCUUGCUGUUCGAAGCUGUUGCCAAUGUGGGGCCACUUAACUGACCAUAACUUCGGGAACCCACAGACGAGUCAGACUCCAAGGAACAGUGUGAACGGUGUCAGUCCAAAAAAGUGGCCCGAGGUAUCGCAUAUACCUUAGGUUGAAAAGGUACUAAAUGGACGAGUGUCGUUGGUUUAUAGAGUAGGUUUACACAUAGUAAUUUGGAGGAUGUGUAAAGCAUUAUCUAAAUAAGGACGGCAAAAUCAUCCACGAGUGAUUAUCCGACGCUGCGAUUUCGAUACAACUGUCAGAAUGGUUCUGAGGACAAAAGGAACUGAUGGACGUUAACAAAAAGUGGAAUUUUCACUAGCUUUAUGAGCACCACUUCUGACGAUGCUCCUAUACAUCGUCUAUGACGACGCCAAAAUCAUGGGCCAUCAGGGCACUGUUGGGGCCUGCCUUGCUGGAGUAGGUCCGUCAAGGCACCGAGGCAGUCUGUUGAACUGUAGUCGCUAGCCGUGCAAGUGGAGACAAAAAUCAUAUUUAAUUGCGUCCUCUGCGAGUUUAUUCAGUGCUCAUAAUACAACAAUUCCAGGGGCCAACUUAUUUUUAUUUCGAACAUCCAAAGUCCGAAAAGCGUCUCCUUGCAAAAAAUAAACAAUCAACUGCUCAGCGAACAGUUUUCAGCAAACUUCUUGGACAGACCGAAUAUUUUGCCCAUUACCUUUCUGUUUUCUUAGAUGACGCGAUAAUUGUUCACCCAGCUUGCCUGCUGGUCACUCGUCACUGUUUCUGCAGCAAUAUCAGAAAUCGGUAUGAACGGUUACACUUAUUGUUUAUCUUUAAUAAGAUGACUGAAGACUUGUACAACCGCCUUUGUGUUGAAUGCUAACCGGCGGUUGUUCGCAGUACUUUGUUUCAAUUCUUAGCUGUUCUGCGUUAAUCAACGUGUUUUUUCUCAAAAUGCUGUAAAAGUCUGAUCUAAGAGGACGUGUAAUUAGGACUUGGGUGAAAAAAAGGCAAGCUAGCAUGUUCAUCCACGUGUUCUUUUUCCUGUAAGUAAAUUCGCCAUGCAUAACUCAUCUUGAUGCCUCUUUGCUCUUAGUUUCGAUUUAUUGGCACUGUGCAUGCAAUACCGAAAGUUAUGGAUAAUCGAUUAAGGAAUAUAAUAUUCGGAAGUUUCAAAGCUUCUAAUGCAUUUUGACUCUGGCGCUCAUGGAUCCAUUCGUGCAAUCUGUUUUUCGACUGCAGUAAAUAUGUGACAAGUAAACCCUAAACUAUUGUGUAAGAGUUAACGGAAGAUCUUGGCUUCGUUGUCCAACUUGUCACCGUGUAUACGGGUGCCAUUUUCACCAUCUUUAUCUACUACCGGUCUGAAACUAGCUGCAGCUGUCCCAGUUAUCCAUUAUCAAACCAUCUAUCUGCACCUGAAUACCUCCCAAGGUGGUCUUCUUCCCCAGAAACGUCUUUCGUUAUCUCAUCUUGUAUGUAAGAAACUACGUCAGUUUUUUUCUAUCUAGCUUCAUGAAGUCGUCAACAUCCCCAGUUAGACCAUUCCGGGUUUCUGCAGUGGCUCCGUCUACUACCGCAAACCAUGGGUCAAAUAUCUUCGGAUCAUCAAUACUCCGACCCUCAGUGCUGUCAGGCAAAGUAACCACUACAGUGGACAAUUUUUCUUCCAAACCGCCGCCUCCUGUCUCUAAGGCACAGUCGCCACCUGCCACAAAGCCCAGUCUCCCCCCUCCGGUUUUUCCAUCGACUGCUCCUCCCAUCUCGGUUGCACCUUCCAACUCCGAGUAUAUUUUCGGGCAAAAUAUGCUUUCACGUGUGGUUAAUGCUGCUCAGAGUUCAUCCAGCUCAUCCACUCUCUGGCAAACCGCUAGCUCAGCCUCAGAAACCCCCGCUGAUAAGGAAACGGAGUCUCCAAAUCCUCAAAUACAGUCCUCUUCUGUGUUUACCGUUCUUGCCAAGGCCGUUGCUUCGAACAACUCGACCACUGCUGCAGCCAUAGCCUCUAAUCAUCCCGUUGAAUUGAAGGAAUCAGCUAGUGAAUUGGCACGCAAGCGCAACCUUGCUCAGAUAAAGCUCAUCGAAGCUCCCAGUAUGACCGGUGAGGAGGGUGAACGCAUUGUCCUUCAGCUCUCCUGCAGUGCCUACGUCUUUAAUACCGAAUCCCGGCAGUGGACGAGUCUGGGCCAGAGCUACCUCCAUCUUAAUGAUGAACUUUCUGAUGACCGAAAGUCUGUCACCAGCUCCCGGUUUAUCCUGCGUCUACAGUCGACACGUCGUGUCCUUGUUAACACUCGAAUAUGGCCUGAAAUGCCACUAUCCACAGCCGAAGCAAAGGGGGUCCGACUGGGUGCCUUGGACGUCGAUGGGACAUCUAUACGCACUUACCUGCUGCGCUUCCCGGCUGCUCAGAAUGCCUCCAGGUUGUACGAGGCUCUGCUUUCACGCAAGCAGGAAAGUGCUUCCACUCAAAUAAAACGACAGCGUCUCUCGGGGGACCCUGGUGACGCUCCCCCGCACUUGCCCUCUUCAACAGCUCCCACCACUGCCACGACCAAACUUGCUGGCGAGGUUGCUAUUACCGUUGGUGCGCAACGCAAUGAAACUAUUCCCACCCGUUCCCAGUCUCCCAACCCCGAUCCCAAGACUGUUCAGGCGUCCCCCGGCAAGUCGCUCAUCAACGGGACGCCAUCUGCCGGUAGUAGUAUCCCGGUAUUAAACCUGAAAUGUUUGGCCCUCGUUUGUGACGACCCUGGGAGCUCGACCGUUUCCGCCUGUGUGAGCAUCACAGACUACGCCAACGGUAAUCAGUCGGUGUUUGAAAUCAGACCCUCCACUGACUCUGCUGACACAUCUGCCGCCUCAUUGCUCACGGUGACUGUUGGUUUUCGCCUGGCAUUCUGCUUCUCUGACGAGCGCAGUUUGCGUCUUUUUGUCACUGCACCGACAACAACCGCAUCAGAUCUAUCCGCAGCUGCCGGUAAUGCGGAGGGCCCGCUGGAGCAGUCAUCAUUGCCUCGUGUAAACUCAUUCGUUGUUCGGCUGGAUACACGACAAGAGGCGGAGCGUUUGUUUCGCUGUCUGUUGCUCCGCAUCAAUCGUCUCUUCAUGGAAAACCAAUCAGCGCUGCCAUCUGCAAUCACCAGUGCAAAUUCUUCCAAUGUAGUCCGUGAAUCCAUGACAGGUGUGUCGCGUCAUUUUACCAAUAGCAAUACUUUCAUCUUUCCGUCAACUGUUUUUGGGUUGAUUGUAAGACGCCCGAGACGAGUUCAGUAUGCGGAACCUCAUUCAGAAGGCACUAAAGCCGUCGGUGAAUCCCCGCACUGAUAAUCCACCUGAAUGGGACAUAGUUUCCGGUCUUGGCAACAGUAUUUGGAGUUCCGAAACAAACAGGUUGGCGCGCCUGCAAGUGACAAUACAUUGGUUGGAUUGAAGUGGCGCUACGUUUUUUGAUACUAACUCUUUCAAGAACUGAUUUGACCGGCCGACCUGUGUAUAACACACCAGGACGGUUCGGUUAACGCGCAUUAUAGACCGUCCAAAAUCGGGGAAAUAUUAAUAGGGUUAGCCGUCUCCCCAGUCUCACAUUAACUUUGAGUGGAGGCUCCAGGCCUUAAGGUGGUGACUGCGAGUGAAACUGCGUUUGAUGUUUCGCUGUGUUUGCUCUAUCAUCUGACCGCUUACUGUCCACAACUCUUUUCUUGCCUUUCAGAUUCGAGUGCUUGUCAGGAUGAGAACUGCAAUUCAGUGUCCUUGGGCUAA